AUGCCAGGCAAGGCGGCCGACAAGCACCGGAAGGAUGAUGAUGUCUCCACUGAAGCAGGAGAUGUGGCAGAUGCAGGGGCAGGAGGAAAGGCUCUAGUCAAACCCCCAGAUCAACUGGAGCUGACUGAGGCUGAGUUAAAAGAGGAAAUUACACGCGUCCUGAAAGCUGAUAAUCCCCAUGCUCCCCAGAAUAUCGUCAGAUACAGCUAUAAAGAGCGAGCAUACAAACAAAUAAGCCAUGUGAAUCAAAUGGCCAUUCACUUCUCUUAUAAUGGAAACCUGAUACCCAAAGAUUCAGAUGAGGGCAGGCGACAGAGUAUGAAAUCAACCACUGGAGCAGAAAAGGCUCCUGCUGAGACUUCUGCAGAAACAUCUGAAGAAACACAGGGUAAAGAUGAAGAAAGCACAGGAGAUACUCAGGCUGCAGGAGAGGAAACGGCAGAGGAGUCAGGAGCAGCAGAAGUAGCUGAGACAGCGGAGGAUGAAGAGGUUCCUCCCCCCAAAAAGCCAGAGAAGAAGCUUGCAAACCAGUUCAACUUCACCGAGAGAGCUUCAAGGACACUCAACAACCCUUUGCGGGAAAAAGCGUGUCAGUCGGAGCCUAUGCCUUGUAAAGAUUUCUCAUCCACUGUUAACCAGUGGGAGAUCUAUGAUGCUUAUGUGGAGCACAUUCAGAAAAUGGAAAAGGAAAAAGAGAAAGAGAAGUCAAAAUCUCAGGCAGUAAAGAAAGAAGAGGUAAAGAAGAAGGAAAGGAAGUUUACCUCUCUGGAGUUUCAGAGUAAUGAAAUAGCCAAGGUCUCAAAGGUUGCUAAGAUAAUGGAGCGGAUGGUGAAUCAGAACACAAUGGAUGACAUUAUACAAGAUUUUAAAUAUUUUGAGGAUGAGUCGGAUGAAUACAGAGGUCAGAAAGGAACCCUACUCCCACUGUGGAAGUUCCAGUAUGACAAAGCCAAGCGAUUUGCAGUUACUGCCAUCUCCUGGAAUCCAAAGUACAAGGACCUGUUUGCAGUGGGAUAUGGCUCUUAUGACUUAAUGAAACAGAGCCAGGGGAUGCUCCUGCUCUACACCAUGAAGAACCCCUCCUUCCCAGAGUAUAUCUUCAGCAGCGAGAGUGGCAUCAUGUGCCUGGACUUCCAUAAUGACUACCCCUACCUCGUGGCAGUGGGCUUCUAUGACGGCAACGUAGCCAUCUACAACCUGAAGGCAACCUCCCAGCCCAGCCACAAGAGUUGUGCAAAGUCAAAGCACACAGAGCCAGUGUGGCAGGUCAAGUGGCAGAAGAAUGACAUGGACAACAAUCUGAACUUCUUCUCUGUCUCUUCGGAUGGACGGAUUGUUUCAUGGACUUUACUUCAGAAUGAGCUGGUUCAUACAGAUGUCAUCAAGCUGUCAGUAGAGGGAACAGCGGCACAGAGGCCAGAGGGGCUGCAGCUGAAAACACUUGGCUGUGGGACAUCGUUUGAUUUUCACAAAAAGAUAGACUAUUUGUUUCUCGUUGGUACUGAAGAGGGGAAGAUCUAUAAGUGUUCAAAAUGCUAUUCUAGCCAGUUUCUGGAUGUGUUUGAAGCUCAUCACAUGGCCGUGGACUCAGUCAGCUGGAAUCCCUACCACUCGAAAGUCUUCAUUUCCUGUAGCUCCGACUGGACAGUCAAGAUCUGGGAUCACACCAUCAAGACUCCAAUGUUUGUUUAUGACCUGAAUUCUGGUGUAGGAGAUGUUGCAUGGGCUCCUUACUCCUCUACGGUCUUUGCUGCAGUCACCACUGAUAGCAAGGCCCAUGUGUUUGAUCUGAGCAUUAAUAAGUAUGAAGCUCUCUGCACGCAGCUAGUGGUGAGCAGGAAGAAGAAUAAAAUAACCCAUGUCCAGUUUAACCCGGUCUACCCUGUUAUCAUCAUUGGAGAUCAACGAGGCCAGGUUAUCUGCUUGAAGCUGUCUCCUAAUCUGCGCAAGAUGCCCAAGGCGAAGAAGGGCCAGGAGGUUGAGAAGGGCCCCGAGGUGCAGAUCGCGAAGCUGGAGAAGCUGCUGAGCCUGGUGCGAGAGCCGGCGAACAAGACAGAGCUGUGA